GUUUCACGAGAUACUUGUCACUUCAUGUCAAGGAACAUUCUCAUUCUCAUUCUUAUUGACCGGCAUCCCUCUUCUCUUGAAGAUUCUCGCUCCCGAAGAUUCUCACUCCCGUCCCUACCGGUGCUUCCUCCCCACACACAAUCAAACUCAAAGUAAAAAAGCAUCGAGUUAGAUAACCGAAGUGAUUAGUGGCCCCGCCAAGCUUAUCGUGUUGCGUCAGCUAGGGGAAGGAAAGGAAAAUGGAGGUUUCGACACUUUCGACACUUUCGCAUUCGAAGGAAUUGAAUCGAUUAAAUGGGAUAGAAAAAGUUGUGGAAAAGGAAGAUAUAGAGGAGAAUAAGGAUACGAAAAAUCAGAGUGUUGGGGAAAAAGAUCGAGAGAUUGGAUAUAAAAGAAAUAAAGAGGAUUGUGGGGAGAAGAAUAUCGAGGUGCAUUGUAUAGAGGAUUUGGGAAAAUUGUCAAAGGACGACGGAGCGCCGGGAGCGGAAAAUCAAGAGGAUAACGACAGUUCUGGAAUUGUUGGAAUUGGAAUUGGAAGUGGGAGUGAGGAGAAAAAUAACGAUACAAUUCUUGAAAAAGAAGCGCAUCGUCAUCUCGAUAUGCCGAAAGGUUGGACAGCUGUGAGAGAUCCAAGAGGGAAGCAGAAACAAAAACAAAAACAUAAACAUAAGACAGGGGAGGGAGCCAAUGGAAAUACGCAUACAUGUACACAUACGCAGGCCGAUAUGACGAAUGCAGAAAUAUCGAAAUCACAGGAGGAUGGUAAUCAUGGGGGAGUGGUAGAAGGAGAAAUCGAAGAUCUGGAUGAUUUGGAUUUGAUGGAAUUGAAUAGCGGGGAUGAUUUAUUACCAGAUGAGGAAGAGGGGGGUAUUAGGAGGGGUGGGAAUGCUGGGAAUGCAGCGCGUAGAACGGGUGGGGCUGCUGAUGAGGGGUUGGAAAGAGGGAGAGGCAGAGGGAGUACGGAUCGCGAUACUGCGAGUUUGGAUACAGGUCAUUUUAGGGUUUAUAAGAGGAGAUGGUUUGGUUUGAUACAAUUGGUUCUUUUGAACAUUAUUGUUAGUUGGGAUGUAAGUUUUGCGACGGAAUUUCAUUUUGAUGUAUAGGAAGUUCUGAGAGGGGUCAUAUUAUGGUUAUGUAUCGUAUAACCGUUGAAAGUGCUAACUCAUCCUCAUCCAGUGGUUAACCUUCUCCGCAAGUUCGACGACCGUCUCGCAAUACUACAAUGUAUCCGAAUCAGCGAUAAAUUGGCUUAGCACCGGUUUCCUAUUCGCAUUUGUGCUUGCAAGUCCGCUUGUUAUCUACGUCUUACAUCACGGAGGACCGAAACCUGCUAUCCUUAUUGCCUCCGUACUUUUGUUACUUGGAAAUUGGAUACGAUAUGGUGCAACGAGAUCUGGUCCACAUGGCAAUUUUGGAGGUGUAAUGUUUGGACAAAUUUUAACGGGUGUUGCUCAGCCUUUUGUACUGGCAGCACCUACUAGAUACUCGGAUUUGUGGUUUACGAAUCAGGGCAGAGUGGCUGCAACUGCGGUUAUGAGUUUGGCUAAUCCUUUUGGUGGUGCAUUGGCGCAAUUAAUUGAUCCCUUUUGGGCUGCAAAUGCUGGGAGUAUACCAAAUAUGGUUCUUUACAUUGCAAUUAUUGUAAGUCGCAAAAAUCUCUCUAACCCUCAUAAUGUUAAUAGUAUCACAGUCAUCAAUAGCCACCAUUCCAUCUUUCUUCAUCCCCAAAGAACCACCUACUCCCUCUUCUGCAUCAUCAGAAGAACCAAAACAUGCACUAGGUCCUUCGCUUAACUUCCUCCUUCGAUCCCCCGAAUUCUACAUGAUAAUGUUCCCCUUCUGGUUCUUCGUCGGCCUCUUCAACUCCCUCUCAUCCCUCAUAAACCAAAUGCUCUCCCCCUAUUCCUUCUCCGAAACCAACGCCGGUAUAGCCGGAGCCCUUCUAAUAGUCGUCGGUCUCGUCGCCGCAGCAAUCACCUCCCCCCUAAUCGACAAAACCAAAACCUACCUCCUCGCCAUCAAAAUCCAAAUCCCCAUUCUAAGCAUCUGCUACCUCGCCUUCACCUGGGCGCCACAAACCCGAAAUCUCGCAGCAAUCUACGCCAUCCUCUCGAUCCUCGGCGCUGCAUCCUUCAGUCUCGUCCCCGUCGCCCUCGAAUACCUCAUCGAAAUCACUCAUCCUGUAUCACCUGAAGUCACUAGCACGAUUUGUUGGUCCGGUGGUCAGUUACUUGGUGGUGUCUUUAUUAUUGUUAGUGAUAAGCUUAGGGCGAAGGGUGUGGGAGAUGGAUCGCUGGAUGAUGGGAGUACGAGGCCGCCUGGAAAUAUGUAUAAUGCGCUUGUUUUUCAGGCGGUUUUGGCGGCGGUGGUGAUGCCUCUUCCGUUGGCGUUGGGGUGUUGUGGGAGGGGGAGAGGUGUGAGGAUGAGGAGGUUGGAGGCGGAUAAGGAGGCUAGGGGGAGGAGAGUGGCGGGUGGAAGUGGAGGUGAGAAUGGGAUUGGGAAUGGUGGUGUUGUUAUUUAGGACUUUGUAGGCGUGUGGGGGUAUAUUGUAUUAUAUUUUCAGGAAGGGAGAUACCUUUCGAAAGUUAUCCUCGGUAUAUUGAUUCCAGAUUUUUGUUUGGAGAUGGAAAUAGAAAUGGAAAUGGAUAUAUUUUAUAUAGAAUAGAUCUAUAGGAGUAGAUAA